AUGCCCCUUUCCACAGCAGCUAUUCAAAAGUCGGUGUCGAACCUAGGAUGCGCCACCGGAAAAGUCUUUUACAAUGGCAUAGCUGAAGUCAGCCAGGUUGCAGCUGCCUACGGCCCUAUAGUCGCUGACCAGACAGUAAAACUAUCAGGCCAUACAGCGAAAUUGGCAAGGGAAAAUAAAGCACUGUCAGUAUGCGUCGCUGGCGGUAUCAUCAUUGCUGCCCCAAGCCUCGUGUCUGCUCCGGUCCUUCAAGGACUAGGAUAUACAAUAACUGGGGUAAAAGCAGGCUCCCUAGCAACCGGUAUCCAAAGUGCUAUUGGGAAUGUUGGUACUGGGAGUCUUUUUGCUACUGCACAGAGUGCCGGCGCAGGCGGGGCAGGUCUUGUGGCUCUAAACACGGCUAUCCAAAGUGCUGGUGCAGCGAUAAUGAGUUCUAGCGGGAUGAUGUAUCUUAGAUCAAAGCUAUAA